AUGGAAGAAGCCUCACCAGCUCAAAGAUCGACCGUCGUAUUAAAUCAAUCCCAUAUUCGCCAGAACCCUCAUACAAGCCAGCCUUGGUCACAUCUUGUUGCUGGCGCUUCCGGGGGUCUGGUCACCUCAGUUGUCACCUCACCCCUUGACGUUCUUCGAACAAGACUCCAAUCCGACUUUUACCGAAACACGAACCGUGGCCCUUUGCUACGUCCUCCAUCUAGCCACCAUGUGUGGCCGGGCUUCACUCACGUUCGCGAAACCUUUCAUAUCAUCCGUUCAAUACGAUAUGGCGAAGGUUGGCGUGGCUUCUUUCGCGGUUUAGGUCCUAGCCUUGCCGGUGUCGUUCCCGCCUCUGCCAUCAAGUUCUAUGUGUAUGGCAACUGCAAACAUCUGGGUGCGUCAGUGUUGAAUCGCCCCGAGACCGAUUCCAUCGUCCACGCGCAAGCUGCGGUCGCAGCUGGAAUUGCUACAGCAACGUUGACCAAUCCUAUUUGGCUGGUCAAGACGAGACUGCAGCUCGACAAAGCAAGAACGCAAUCGAGUGGUGUUGCUGCACGACAAUACCGUAAUAGUGUGGACUGCAUUCGUCAGGUUGUCCAAACAGAGGGCAUGCGUGGACUUUACCGAGGCUUGAGCGCCAGCUACCUGGGUACUAUCGAGACAGCGAUGCAUCUUGUCAUUUACGAGCGGCUGAAGGUCAUGAUACAGUACGGACUCGGGGGUAGUGGCUGGGCGUCGGGAGAGCUCGAGACUUGGAUCAGUACCAGCGGAGCCGCUGGCGCGGCGAAGCUUGCUGCUGUGUUUCUCACUUACCCUCAUGAGGUAUGA